CGCAACUACUCAUGUCUGGUUGUUUACAAUCUCUCUGGCUAAACAUGGCCGUUGACCAACUCUCUCACGGCGGUUAGAAGUCAACAACUCACGAAAUUUGUUUAUUUACAGGUUUUAAAUUGACAAACAAGCUGCUGCACGAACUCCGCUUUAAUCGUGUGUUUUUUACCUUGUCGCUGGUUUCGGUUUUUGGGUGUUGUUGUGACUCGUUAGCCGGCGCAGCUAGGCAGCGCGCUAACUUCUCCAUAGGGAACAAUGACAGCGACUUCUGCGGGCAGCGGCGGCAGCAGCUGCCUCCCCGCUAAAGGACUGGACAUAAGUCUGGCUGCUCUUCAGCGACAAGACCCAUACAUCAAUAACAUCGUGGACGUGGCCAGUCAAGUCGCCCUGUAUACUUAUAACAACAGGGCGAACGAGUGGGAGAAGACCGAGGUGGAAGGCACCCUCUUUAUCUACACAAGGCUGGCAUCUCCCAGGCAUGGUUUCACCAUUAUGAACAGACUCAGCAUGGAGAACUUGACCGAGCCAAUCACCAAAGACCUGGACUUUCAGCUCCAGCACCCCUUCCUGCUUUACCGCAAUGCACGACUGGUUAUCCAUGGGAUUUGGUUCUAUGAUAAGGAGGACUGUCAACGCAUUGCCCAGAGGAUGAAGAUUCUGACCCAGCAGGAGCAGGCCCUGGCUCAUAGGGGAGGAGGAGGAGGAGGAGGAGGAGGAGGAGGAGGAGGAGGAGGUAAAGCGAAAGGAGUGGACAUCCUCCAGAUGUUGACCAAAGCACGCACAGAGUAUGACAAGGGGCAGUCUACAUCAGAGCCAAAGGAGAUUGGUGGCAGCAGUGUUCUUUGUGGAAACCCCAACCUAAUCAAACCAAUACCCGUUAAACCGAACACUCAGGACAGUGAUGGUCCUGAACCCAAGCCUCUCUCUUUGGCCACUCUUUUUGGCUCCCAACAUCAACAUCACCAGUCAUCCAAACCAGAUCCACUCUCUCCUGUGGCCGCCCCCGUGGCAGGCUUGUCAACAGGCAAAGUCACUCGCCCACCUGUAGCCCGCGCGCUAACAUACGAGGAGACAGUGAAUUCUGGCAGAAGUGGCACAUCACAAGGAGGGCUCGGGGGUGUGAUUGGAGGACAAACGGUUAAGGAAGGUGGUGCCCUGGGGUUACUGCUGAGUCCCACUACCGCCCACCAGCAGCAGCAGCAGCAGCAGCAGCAGCAGCAGCAGAACCAGCCUCAGCACUGCCCUGCCAUCCAGAAGCUCAUGCAGGGACAGAGAGGGGUUGUGGGGGUUGGGGGUGUGCUUCAAACCUUGUCCGAAUCCCCCGAGAACAGGCUGUGUGACAAUGGGGUGCCGCUGGAGCAUCACCACCAUCACCAUCUGUUCCAUCAUCACCAGCCACAUCACCACCAUCAUCAUCAUCAACAGCAACAGCUUCAACCAGACCCAAUCAAAAGACUUUUCCAAACUCAGCCACCUCCUCCCUCUGUCACCUCCUUCACCACUGCCGCUACACUGUGUUGCUCCAGCGCUCCAGCUCUGCAGCAAAACCCCCAUCUCUCUUCCCAGCCCGUUGUUGUGGAUUCUGUGUCAUGUGCCCACCUUCAAGCACAACAAAGCCAGCAGCUGUUUUUCAGCCUAUCUAAACCUCAGGCAGAAGCACAGCUUAGCAGCCAGUCAGCUUCAACCGUACAGGGAACAGGUUUGAUGCAAUCUCAGGUGACCAAUGACCAAGUCCUUCAACCUUCACAAGGGCUGACUUCCCAGAUGCCCGGUGUUGUGUCGCCUCACGAGCUCCUGCAAAAGCUCCAGCUGGUCCAGCAAGAACAAAGCCUGACUUCCCACGAUUCCCCUCGACUCUGCCCAGGACUUGCCCCUCGAUUUCUGGGGCCCACUCAAGGUCAAGCUGCCGUCUCAGCCCCAAACCAGACCGCAACCACAGCAGGUCAAAAAGCUGCGAUGCAGUUUCAGGUCAUUUCCCCCCAGCGGAUACCAGCCACUGUGGCCCCCAACCUGCUCCUCUCUCCCAGCGUUUUUACUCAGGCAAAGUCUAGUGGCGGGUUGUCAACAGUUUCCCAGGAGAGCUGCCCUCCUCCUUCAACCCUGUCCAGACACCCACUGCAAGAUGAGAUUAGAGGUCUGUCUAGAAGCCAGUUUCAAGCCACACUGCUGCAUCUGAUCCAGAAUGACAGUUCAUUCCUGGACACCAUCUAUGAAGCCUAUGUCAGCCGCCUUGCUAUUGACUCCAGCAGCAAGUACUGAUGACUCCUCACGCCCUCUGUCUAUAUGUACACCCUGAGCAGUGAGGCUCAGUCUUACACCUAAUUUGGAUGAACCACUUCCUCAUCUGAAUCCCCAUUUCAAUCACGCACACACACACACACACACUCACUGUAUCUCCUAUGCACUGUACAGCCAAUUAACCCGACUCUUCACUUUAAACCAAGUCUCUCUGGUUAUCAGAAAUUGUUUCCAUAUCAGAAAAACACAACUUUUCAUCCUGUAACCCGAAACAAAUUCUCUCAAGCUGAGCACCACUAAUUUUUGGCACAAAUGUGGCAUAAACAAACAGUCUGGACCUCACCUGUGGGGAAAAUGUAGCCUUUAUCUAUAGUUCACUCUCAGCGAAGACAUAAUAUGCUGCAGGGUGUUUGAAUUUAAAGUGCACUAUUAUUUCAGCAUCUGUAGCAGAAAUUUCUUUAGUUUUUAUCCUAAUCUGUAAUCGACUCAGUCGUGUAACACCAGCCAGCCUUCUGGGCUUUAACAAGCAAGUCUUCCUAGUUUAAGAACUAGUGCUGAAGGAUAUCAACGAACGGACUUGAAACUGACUUCACUUGUGAAAUGAAGUGUAGAACAUGUUAAACAUGUUUUGUUUUAUGUACAUUUGGAAAAGUAUUAUCAGAAUUUGUUGGAUUUGAAUUUCACAAUUCUACUCUCUUUACUAGUUUGCUUUUUAAAGGAAUUUUAAGUAAGUAUAUUUUACUAUCCAAAUUAUUUUAAAGUUAUUAUUAAAAUGAUACCCUGUCAUUUUGAGGUUUUCAUCUUUUUUUUCAGGAGACAUUAGCUUUGAUAAAUAUCUGUAUUGAUAUUUUAGUUACAGUAACUAAAUGUUGUUGCUGAAUGAUCAAGAAGAAUUCAAAAUGACAUGAUAUCUAACUAACUUGAAUUAACAAGGAAAGUACAGCAGAUUGUUAACCUGCACUACCUCACAGAAAGCUGGUUCGAAAGUGUUUUUACUUAGUGACAGAUUAUCACUUAUGUGAUUGGACCAUUUUAAAGGUU